AUGGCGAUUGCGGUGAAUGGAGAAGUAGGGAACUUCUUCCACAACAAGCGUGGGCUGCGUCAAGGGCACCCGGUUUCGCCGUUGCUUUUUAACUUUCUGGCAGACGCCCUGGGCGCCAUGCUAGACAAAGCUCGGAUUGCGGGCCAUAUCAGGGGAGUGGUUGGUAAUCUGAUCCCGGGAGGCGUCUCACACCUUCAGUACGCUGAUGACACCCUUCUCCUCUUCGAGCCGGACCUUCACAGCAUCGCAACAAUAAAGGCCAUUCUGCUUUGUUUCGAGCUCAUGUCCGGGCUAAAAAUUAAUUUUCACAAGUGUGAAGUGGUGUCCAUAGGGAUGGAUGCGGCCGAAAGCGUGCGGGUAGCCAAUUUGCUUAACUGCAAAUUGGGAAAACUGCCUUUCACCUACCUCGGCCUCCCGAUCGCUGAGAAAACAUGCUCGAUUGCUGAUUGGGAACCUCUCAACACUAAGGUGGCGGGCAGGGGCCUCUCGCUAGCCCAGGUGUAUGAUAAACGCAUUCAUCUCCUGCCGGGCACGGUGCCGGUUGCAGUGCACCUCUACCGCUAUCCCCAACUGCAGAAGGACGAGCUGGAGCAGCAGUGCACGCUCAUGCUCGCCUUGGGCAUCAUCCAGAUCUCCAUGUCGCCGUUUUCGGCGCUGGUCCUCCUCGUCCGCAACUCGGACGACACGUGGCGCGUCUGCAUCGACUACCGCAUCCUUGAUGCCAUGACGCUCAAGGACAAGUUUCCUAUCCCGGUGGUUGAUGAGCUCCUGGACGAGCUACAUGGGGCACGUUUCUUCACCAAGCUUGACCUCCGAUCGGGCUACCACCAGGUGUGGAUGCACCCGGAUGAUGUCGCCAAGACGGUGUUUCGGACUCAUCACGACCACUUAGAGGUCUUGGUGAUGCCUUUUGGCCUCUCCAACGCCCCAGCGACCUUCCAGGCUCUGAUGAACGACGUCCUCCGCCCCUACUUGCAUCGGUUUGUGCUUGUUUUCUUUGAUGACAUUCUUAUCUACAGCACCUCGUGGGCGGAGCACCUUUUAGCACGUCACCAUCGUCUUCAACGAGCUUCGAGCGCACCAUCUUCAUCUUAA